AUUAAUCAAUGUGGUGUUUUUAUUUUUUAUUUUUAUCUAAAAGCUUGGACUUUGGGGGGGCUAAAUGCAAUUUACUCGGAAAACUGAGAUGAAAAUAAAAAAGGGAUGGUAACUGGGUUUUCUUCUUCGUCGUCUCUCCUUUUAAAAAGAGUAGGGUGUACGAGGUUGUGGAGUUUUUAACUUCAAAAAUCGAAAGAACUCUACGAACACUACUAAUGAAUGGCUGAAAACAUUAGUCAAGUAAAGGCUACAGACACGGGAGCUUUGAGAGUAGAACAAAAACCAUCUGAUGAUGACGUUGUACAGUUGCCAAUCAAAGAAAAAGAAGGAGAAGAAGAAAUCAAAUUGAAAGCUAAAGAGGAUAUGAAGCCAUGGGAGCAGCAUUCAGCUGUGAUUAGCAUCCCCCGGUUUGAUUACAAUGCCCCUUCUUCCAUCCUCAAUCAUUCUCACUCUGGUUUCCUUGUUACCUGCCCAAUCAGUUAAGAUUUUUUAGUUCCUCCCUUUUCUUCGGGUGAUUUUCGCUUUUUUUUUUUUGAUUUUGUUCGUUUAAAACAUGUUUUCCUGCUUGCUCACCGUUCGAAUCUUUUAGCUUCUAUGUAGCUUUAUUUUUUUUUUGGUAUCGAUUUUGUAUAUUAACGUGUAUAUUGUUGCCAUUUCUUUACUUGGAUGAGCAUGAUUUAAUGACUUUGAGACAAUAAUUAGAAGAAAUUAGUAUUUGCUUAUGGUGGGAAUAUGACGAAAUUAUUGUGGAUUUGCUUCAAACGACCAAAAAUUUGCUCACCUUUUCCUUCUUCGUCCUGAAUUUUGCUGAUGAAAGAAUGAGCUUUGUAGUCGUUAUCUGGCUGCUUGUUUUUUUGGUUUGCUGUAGAGAAGUCCUUUAGGAUUAAGUUUGGAGAACUUCUUUAGAGUUAAGUGAGAGAUAUUCUAACGCGUCUAUUCUUUUUUAUACACAUAUAGGUAUUCAUUAAAUUUCGUUUCAAUUAAAUUAAAUGUCAUCUUCUCUACAUUGGUGCAUCUAAAUUCUUUUGGUGAUUCUGUAUGGAUAAUAAUGUUUCUUUGCUUUUGUAGAGAGGGAGAAAAGCGCAACAAAAGAAGCCAUGUUAAUUUUUGAGAAGUACAUCUUACCUUUAUCUGAUGUGAAUGAAGAAGGUUCCAAAAGUCUGGAUCCUAAAAUCUCAACAAAGCGUAGGAGAAUCUGUGGAAGCACUGAGAAUGUACUUGACAGUGAUACGGAGAGCAAAGAUGGGAAAUGUGUACUACCAGGUUCACAAACGGAAUCAAGAACUAGUGAUAACGAAACAAGUAGUUUUCUUUCUCUUGUUAAGUUGAUACGGAGUGGUCUGCUUCUCUUCAUCUUUCCGAAGGAUAACGGCCCAGCUGUUGUUGAUAUUGUAUCCAAAAUCAUUGAGUCCAGGGAGAGCGGGAGUCUCAAGUCACCGCAAUGGUGCCAUCGAAUAUUCCCCAUCCAAUCUACUUGUAAUUUGGAGGAGAAGGAAUUACACAGUGUUGUUUCAAAGCUAGUUCAACAGUUUGUAACAGAGGAAAGGAUCAAAGUUGCAGAGCCAGUAAAGUUUGCAGUUGGUUAUAGUAGCAGAGGCAUUGAGGAGAAUGAGAUGAAGCGUGUCCACGAAACGUCAAGUGGUUCCAAUGGGUCAGCUCUGCUAGACCGCAGCAAAUGUUUUAGCAUUGUGGCAGCUGCUGUCAAAGAAGUCAUUCCAGAUUCAGUUGUGAAUCUGAAGUGCCCAGAGAUUGCUGUGCUGGUUGAGGUUCUGCCACUGUCUGGGAUACCAAACGAGAGGGUCAUGGUUGGAGUAUCUGUUCUUCCGCAAAUGCUUGUUAGUGUAAAACCGCGACUAUGUAUCAAAGCAUUGGUCCAUGAUGGUAAGGCUGGGAAUGAGAAGAAAAAGAAGUGAUUAUUUUUGGUUCUCUGACUUCACGUUUGGUUGAUUUUUCACAGUUCAUAGCACAAGUAGGCAGGUUUUACGCUUAUUUUCCUCUUGUAAUUUUGACCAUUGUUUAGGAAAUCGAAUUUUAUAACCCCAACUUGGGACGUAAACCCAAUUGGUCAGUAGGAGUGCAUAAAGAAUUGGCUCAACAUCAUCAUAUCAAAAAAUCAUAAUGCUGUAGAUUGAUCUAGAUUAACAGCAACUGAUGAAGAA